AUGCCCAUCCCAACCGCCGACCUCUCCAACAAAUCCACUCAAACCACGGGCACGCGCCCGACCGGGUCCGCGGGCUACGCCUCGCUCGACACACUCGCCGCCGCCGAGGAUAACAGCAGCGGGCGCCGCUUCGGAACCGGGUCCGGCGGUACCGUCAGUGCGCCCGGGUACUCGUCGUCGCAGAAUACGGAUCUCCUGCAGAACGCUGCGAGCGAGCGGGCGAUGAAUAAGGAGGAAGCGGAUCGGUUGUAUGAGGAACGGAUGGAGGAUGAGUAUGCUAAGAGAGAAGGGGGUGCAUAG